AUGCCACCUAAACAGGACAUUAAUAGUAAAGUGAAGAAGAGAGUAAGAAAGACAAUUACAAUGGAGGUUAAAUCUAAGAUUUUAAAACUCAAAGAUCGCGAUCAACCGAAUAUCAAUGAGAUCACAACUGACAUUGUUCAUUUCGCUAACCGUUUGCCUGACAUUGCAGUUACUGCUGAUGAUAUUGAUGAUUUGUUAUGCUCAUAUUCGCAAGAACUGACCAAUGAAGAUCUUAUUGAAUUGGAGGCACAAGUACAAAAGGAAGCAAUCGAGUCACAAGAAAUAGCUUCUUUUAUUAGUAACUCUGAAAAAGAACUUACACUAAAAAAACUUUCCGUAGCCUUUGCAAAUUUGGAGAAUGCCAUGAAAAUUUUUGAAGAAAAUGAUCCUAAUUUUGAGAGAAGUUUCAACGUUAAUAACAAAAUUUGUGCAGCCUAUCAGUGUUACCAAGAUCUGUAUGAUAGCAAGAAGAAAGAAGUGAAGCAAUCUAGAAUUGAUAGUUUCUUUAAGUCAAAAGUUUAA